GCCAGACGCACGGCGCCAUCCAUCCCGGGACUGUACUUUGAUCCUUCCAUCCUUCUUCCCGAGGCGCUUGCGGAUGAUCUCAUGUGGACAUGCAUCCGCGCCUUUUUUGGAGAGGGGACUUCCAAUCAAGUCAUGCUCUUCGAACGCGCGCCCAGCCUGGAGACUCCGAACGCCCCGAGGUUGACAUCCGGACUACCGCCAUGCCUUACGGACUUGAUUUCUCUUCUUGAUGACCUUCUGCGGCCCGCCGUACCUCCAGAAACCCAUGACCUUCUGUUCUCCCCGUCGCCCGCGUCUCACACCGGGCCACCGCGCGCACGACAGGCUAUCAUCAAUUUAUACUGGCCUGGCGAGGGCAUCACCCCUCACAUCGAUCUCCUUGACCGGUACGGGGACGGCAUCAUGGGGGCGUCGUCCGACUUGAUCGCUCCUGACGGGGGGAGCGGCGACUGCGCGCUGUACCUCCCGAAAGGGAGCGUUCUCGUCAUGACGGAGGACGCGCGGUAUCACUGGACGCACGGGAUCGAGAAGUCUUUCGAGGACCUCGUGGAGGAGUUCCCAGGCAGUCCUCGUGGGUCCAUUCUGGAGCGGGACGUCAGGCUCAGCAUAACCUUCCGUUGGCUGCUUCCAGGAGCCGAUGUUGUCGGC